AUGGCGGUGGAUUAUGCUUCUGGGCUGUCAGAUUCACAUAAAGGAAAGUGCGGAGCACCUGAGCUUUUUGACUCCAAAGAGAAACUUGCAAGCAAAAUCAUAGAGUUGUCAAAAUUGAUCAAAGAAUGCAAACAUUUGGUGUUCCAUACUGGAGCAGGAAUCAGUACUUCAUGUGGUAUCCCUGAUUUUUGUGGACCUAAAGGAGUUUGGACAUUGGAAGCCAAGGGAGAACCCAAGUUUGACAUCACAUUUAAAAGUGCUGCUCCAACUUUGACACAUAUGGCAAUGUUGCAACUUGAAAGGGAAGGUUAUUUGAAGUUUGUUGUGAGUCAAAAUGUUGAUGGCUUGCAUUUAAAGUCAGGAUUUCCAAGGUGCAAGUUGGCUGAGCUCCACGGUAACAUGUUUGUCCAGAAAUGUGAAAACUGCCAUAGAAAUUAUCUCUUUGGUGAUCCAGUCAAAACUGUUGGUUUAAAACGAACUGGAAAGCAGUGUUUGGGAGGAAGAAGAGGCAAAUGCAGAGGUAAAUUGCGUGAUACAAUAUUGGAUAGGGAAGAUUCUCUACCAGUUGAUGAUCUGGCUGCAUCUGAAUAUCAUUCGAAGUCGCAGAUUUAUCUGUGUGUCUUGGAACAUCACUGCAAAUCAACCCGAGUGGAAAUUUACCCGUACAAACUGUGAAAAUGAUGGAAAACUUGUAAUUAUUAAUUUACAAAGACUAAACAUGUACGUACAUUGAAAGCUGUAUGUAUGAUUUUUCUUAUUGCAACAAAACAAUAGACACUUCGUAAG